CAAAGAUGGCAACGUAUGUGUAGUCAAGUGUGUUGCAGUAUACGGCGUGUAGAGGUCAAUGUAACGGUUUCUGAAAGGGAAAAUAGCGACGCAGAUUUAGUAAAUAUUAAUUGUUAGCAAAGAUGGUGUUUCUGACUUUGUCUUGCUGGAUCCGUAGCCGUGGAGCAGAUCGAUACUGGAGAGUCCAAGAAGUCUUGAAGAAUGCACGGCACUUCCGGGGUCGGAAAAACCGGUGUUUCAGUCUGGCAGUGAGGGCGGUCCGCAGGGCUUUUGUGUAUGCCACCAAGGGGCGCAAGGCCAAACGGAGGGACAUGAGACAGCUGUGGAUUUCUCGCAUUGCGGCUGCAUCCAGGGAACAUGGCUUGAAGUAUCCUGCCCUCAUUCACAACCUGGUUAAGAGCGACGUCCAGGUGAACAGACGCAUCCUGAGUGACCUGGCCAUUACGGAGCCGCGCUCAUUCCUCGCCCUCGCCACGCUGGCCAAAGCACGGCGGGACGAGGGACUGCGAGCCGCGCUAGGAGAUGGCAAAGAGCCACCCGGUGUCUUUUCCCGCAUCGUCCAGUCACACUGAUCCCACAGCCCCCCGCUGGCUUAUGGCAGUGACCUUUCUGUCCUCUACCAGCUGACCAAAGUGUUAGCCCUACCUCGUUUCCCUGUCAGUUCCUCCUUUUGCUGUCCGUUCUGGUCAGUUAUGCACAGCGACAGUGGAACCCUACUUCUCUGUAGGGUCUAACCAGAGGGUGGAGACUGGACGCUUGUAUCCUGUGUUCAGCACCUGGUGAGUCAGGUGAACCCUGACUAUCCUUAAUCAUUCAAUUGCAGACAGUGGUGUUCAGGGAGAAGGGGUGCUGGCAAAUGGGUCAAACGAGAGUUUGAGGAGAGAAUGUGACUUUUUACUGGUGAUGUCUGCCCACUAACAUUUGUUAUGCUAUGUGUUGUGAUUUAGAUAUGUAGAUCUGAGCACUUGCCUUCCUUUGAAGACACAAGAAUGUUAAAGCCAUCAAUAAAACCUUUUUGUU